AUACCCUUCACAAAAGAAAAAAACCUCCCUUUCAUCAUAACAACUAUAAUGGAAAGUGUUAUACUAAUAACGAUAGUAUUGAUGUACUCACUACUUGUUAUGACUUCCACGUCAGCUCAGAGCCAACAAGGCACACGUGUGGGGUUCUACCUACGGACAUGUCCACGAGCUGAGUCGAUCGUUAGGUCGACAGUGGAAUCGCAUUUCAGGUCUGAUCCCACCGUGGCAGCUGGCUUGCUGAGAAUGCACUUUCACGACUGCUUCGUCCAAGGUUGUGACGCUUCUGUGCUCAUCGACGGGCUUGGUACCGAGAAAACUGCGCUGCCCAACCUCGGGUUGAGGGGUUACGAGGUCAUCAACGACGCUAAGUCUAAGCUUGAAGCUGCCUGCCCGGGUGUCGUUUCUUGUGCUGAUAUUCUAGCUCUAGCUGCUCGUGAUGGCGUCGUUUUGAGUAGAGGACUUACUUGGGCAGUACCAACAGGAAGGAGAGAUGGAAGAAUAUCAUCGGCCUCUGAGGCUGCUAACUUACCUGGUUUUACCGAUUCAAUUGAUGACCAAAAGCUAAAGUUUGCUGCAAAGGGUCUUACCCCAAAAGAUCUCGUAACUCUUGUUGGUGGUCACACCAUUGGUACCACAGCUUGCCAAUUCUUUAGUUAUAGGCUAUACAACUUCACUACUACCGGAAAUGGAGCCGAUCCUACCAUUAACCCUACAUUCCUUCCGCAAUUGAGAGCACUCUGUCCCCAAAAUGGUGAUGGAACGAGGCGUAUCGAGCUCGAUACAGGCACACCAAGCAACCGAUUCGACACAGCUUUCUUCACCAACUUAAGGAAUGGCAAGGGAAUUCUUGAGUCCGACCAGAAGCUAUGGACUGAUGCUUCCACUAGGACAAUAGUCCAACAGUUCAUGGGCAUUAGAGGAUUACUAGGACUGAGUUUUGGAGUCGAGUUUGGGAGAUCUAUGGUUAAGAUGAGUAACAUAGGUAUCAAAACAGGAACCGAAGGAGAAAUCCGCAAAGUGUGUUCCACAAUUAAUUAAGGAAAAUAUUCUUGUUUAUAGAUUGAAUUAAGGCAACUUUUAUUGAAUGUAAACUAAUUUUUGUAAUUUGCUCUGUAUUGUGUUUGGUGUUUGUUUUCCACACAUGAAAAUGAAAUGUAUCUAUUUACCAUGAAAUUGUAAACUUCCUAUGCUUAGAAAACAAAUGAGCAUACUAUAUGUUAUAAUGAUUAAUGAUAGAUUUUGGAAUCCCAACGAGAACCUUUCAAAAAUAUUAUAGUUUUCCUUUUU